AUGGCGUCUACGAAUCCUUUCUGGUCAUUUGCUACUCCUUUCACGGACAGCACGCCGCCUGCGCGGUCCGGGCGUCUGAGUGACAUCCUAUCUCGUGGCAAUCACAUACCGGUUUCCUCCCACGAUGGAACUCGAAGCUAUGCACAAACAACACCCGACUCGGCUUGGUCGCAGACGUCCUUCCAAGAAGUGUGCUUCACCUACGACACCUCCACAGGCAAGAAUGUAACGAGUUUGGAAGAUGCUGCAUCCGUCCGAUCAGGCGACUGGCCCUUGACUGAAAAAUACUAUGCUCUCUCUUCUGCGACCCACGAUCUAAGAUGCCCAAAAUGGGUGCUCUGGAAAACAAUCCUCCUCCCCACUUCAACCAUCAUCCUUCCUAUGGCUUUGCUUGUCGCCGGGCUACUAGCGUUGAUCUUCGGCUACAGGGUCAGAUCUGAGGAUAGCUUGUUUGAGGAAGUGUCCAACUCUCACGCCUUGAGCGACCAUGCUGUUGUCUUGGUCAAUUAUUCGGCAACUCGGAUAGCAUUCGUCGCUUCCUGGGCAUCGACUCUUGCUCCUUUACUUGCUGGCUUCAUCAUGAACCUGUCCAGUUUCCAGUCUGCGCUCCUCAUGUAUCUCUCCUCAACACGUUUGGAACAGCAUGACCUCCCAACUCCGUAUCAGUACAGUCUGCUUGUCGGCCUUUGCCUGGCCUCAAUGGGAAGAUUGAGAAGAUACUUCUCCUACGCGAAAGAAGAUGGAGUGGUUAUACCUCCGGCCCUUCGGCGCGCUGCACAGACCCUGACCUUGACGCUCGUCCUUGCCUGUGUCGUCUUUGGAGCUGAUACUGCUCUUCACUACACAACUUCAACCAUCAACUUCGACCAAAUCUCUGUUUCCGACGUGGCUCAUGCCUAUGGAUACGGAUUGUCGCCAGCAUGUCUUGCCCUCAACCGGAGUGACAAUUUUGGACUGCCAUGUUCCCGUAACGGACAACUCGCCGAGACGGAUUACAACGCUUACGUAUCAAGCCAGAAUGAAAUCUUUUAUCUUCAGCGCGGCACAUCCAAUGUCAGCGAAGUCCAACUCGUCGAUACGCCACCAUACGAACCUGCAAACAUCACAUCCUCCGGCGCCGCAAAAGUGGCACUUCUCAUCCCCCAAAGCACUGGUUUAUCUCCUUUUCGUGACUUCCAAGCCUACACCACCGGUGUAAUCACAACCUGCGAGCCCGUUACCGCUCUCUGCAACUGGACAAGCGGGGGCCCGGGAAAUUACUACAGCCAAUUCAACUGCAGCGAGAACUUCUGGGGAGUACUAGGCAAGGCCCCCAAUGUGAGCGACACAGGCAUGCUCGUCGGUGAUAGUUCUGUGCCACCUUUGGGGUUCAAACGUGGCGCAGCCUUGCAAUACUCAUUCUUCAUGGACAGAGACCUGAGUAUUCCCUAUGACACAUCCGGCAAUCUGGGCCCGUUUAUGCCGGACUCGGAGCUUAUUAAUCCAGUAUACGUGGGAGUCGCCGCACGUUUUCAAUCCACAGCCCAACGGGCCGGAGUGAAUAUGUCCUCAGAUCCAGGGAUCUACCAGGGUCCUACACCUUACCUUGACUUCACACUCCGAUGCCAGUACACUACGUACUUGGUCGACUACAGAUGGGUCAACUCUUCGGCCAAAGUAAACACGCUGACUCCUUCGCCGAACGGCACGAUCGCCGAGAUCUUUCACGGAUACAACAUAUACGGCAGUUAUGACAGCUUUGACAACGACCUGCAGGACUUCAUCCUUGAGGCAGCGCUGCAAUCCAACCCCCAGCAACUUGCCGAUUCUUUUGCAAACAGCUAUUCAUCGCGCGUGAUGAACGUGAUUGGCCCGUUCCUCUCCUCGCGAACCAACUUGCAAGAACAGACGCGCACGCCCUUGCUCGUGGCGAAAGUCCCGAAAGUGCCAUUAGCAAUCCUUGUUGCCGGGUGUCUGUGCUACAUCGUCUUCGGCGUGGUCAGUGCGACGUUGGCAUACACCGCGCUGAGGACCGUCGAUGUACGGGAUCUGGCAUUCCGAUUCAGCCUGCCGGCGCUGGGCCUGCACGCUUUUCGAGACGAUAGUACCGAAAGGGAAGCCGUGGACGUGGACUCGAUCAGGAAGAGGGACGGGGUUGAUGAGGAGCGCAGGGUGUUUAACGAGACGAAGAUAAAACGCGAGGCCACCAGGGUUGCUGUCGACGGCGAGCCCCGGACCGGGUUCGUCUUGAAGAGCCUGGUCUAA